AUGGCUCGACCAUGUUAUGUGUACCUCAAGCUGAAGAUGCCUGGCCCUAGGGGCGUGAUUACAGUCACUAGCAAUCAGCAGCGAGUAAAAGAGUGCCUCCAGAAGGGCUCAAAGACUGCCGAUGAGCAAAUGGCAGCAGUUGAAAUGGAAGAAUAUCAGAAGAAUGCAAAUCCGAGUGAUUUGUUGAGAGCUAAGAAGCCUGCUUCAGAUUCUGCAUUUAAGUCGUUUGGUGAAACAAAGGCAGUUCAUAUUCACCCGACUGAUCCCAAUGCUACUCCGACUCAUAUCUCAACAACGCUCGACAGCAAAUAG